AGCUCGUUUCCCGUCUCCUGUGGGUAGAGUCUAAAUCCCAUCCAGCUAAAGGACCUGGUCCAUCUGCUGCCUAGGAAAUAGCCUUGGCUCCGCCUAUUCGAGUCUAGUCACAUGGCUGGUCACAUGGUCAUGACAUCAUCAGAGGUCCUUUAGCUGGCUAGGAAAUAGCAUCUACCGUCUCCUGUGUCCCAUUAAGGUGACAAUGAGCGAUGACUACCGGAGAGCAGAGUCCGGCACCCAGUUACUUGCAAGACUUGAGGGACGUGCUUCAUUGAAAGACCUGGAGCCUUUGCUUUUUGCCAGUGGAGAUUGUCCUUUACAAGGCGAUAUUAUUGAAUUCCAUGGUCCUGAAGGUUCUGGUAAAACAGAAAUGUUUUGCCACCUAAUUUCCCGGUGCAUCUUGCCAGCGUCCGAUGGUGGCUUACAAGUGGAGGUGGUCUAUAUAGACACAGACUAUCACUUUGACAUGCUCCGUCUGGUCACUAUACUUGAACACAGACUAUCAAAAAGUGACGAAGAGACUGUGAAGCAAUGUCUGGGCAGGUUCUUCUUGGUCUACUGCAAUAGUAGUGUCCAGCUGCUUCUCACACUUUACUCCCUAGAGAACAUGUUCUGCAGUCGCCCUUCCCUGUGUCUAUUAAUCGUAGAUAGUCUGUCGUCUUUUUACUGGAUCGACCGGAAUAACGGAGGAGAAACCAUUUCUAGACAGGAGUUCAAUAUAAGGAAAUGCAUAGAGCUUCUGGAUAAAUUAACUAAGGAAUACAAACUGGUUCUUUUUGCUUCCACACAAACUAUAAUGCAGAAGAUGUACAAUGGAAACAGUGAAGCGUUGAAUUCGGAAAAACAGACAUCUCCUGCUUUAGACUUCAAACCAUAUCUCUGCAAACUGUGGCAGCAUGUCACUACAAACAGAGUAUUUUUCUCAAAAGAACAAAAACGAGAGAGUAAUAGCUCAACGUUUUCUGUCACAUCCUGCCACCUGAAGAGCAAAAAUGUCAUCAGGCGCUCAUUUGUGAUUGGUGAAGCUGGAGCAAAGUUUAUAUCUUAAUCCUCCGAAUCUUCUCUGUUUAAUGAAAUAUUUCGGUGCAGCUCCAAAGAGACAAAUAUUCACAGCAUCUGUGAGUUUUUAGGUUUUUUAUUUCAUCUACAAUGUAGCCAAACAAGUAUUGAUGAUAAUCAAACUUUUUUAACUGAUGUAAUAAAGUUAUU